CCUGAUUGGCCGCGCCGUGACCCCCCCUCAUUAAUAAAUCCCGGCCGGCAGUGCGGGGUCUUUGUUUCGCGCCGCGGGCGGAGGGUGGAGGCGGCUCCGACCGAUCCCCAGCACUGAGCAGCAAUGCCAUCGGCCAUGGAGGGCCCGGAGGCGGGAGAAGACGCGGAUGUCUCGCGCUACGAGGAAACAGAAGACAACAAUGUCAGCCCCACAGACCUGUCAGAGCUGCUGAAGGAGGGCACUAAGGAAUCCCACGACCGUGCUGAGAACACCCAGUUUGUCAAGGACUUCCUGAAAGGACGGAUCAGGAAGGAGCUCUUCAAGCUGGCCACAGUGGCCCUGCACUUCACCUACUCUGCCCUGGAGGAGGAGAUGGAUCGCAACAAGGACAACCCGGUCUUUGCUCCUCUCUAUUUCCCCGUGGAGCUUCACCGGAGGGAAGCACUGGCUAAAGACCUUAAAUAUUUCUAUGGAGAAGACUGGAAAGAGAAGAUCCAGUGUUCAGAGGCAACUCAGCAAUAUGUGGACAGAAUCCAUCAUGUGGGACAGCACGAGCCAGAGCUGCUGGUGGCUCACGCUUACACCCGCUACAUGGGGGACCUCUCAGGUGGCCAGGUGCUGAAGAAGGUGGCCCAGAGGGCCCUAAAGUUGCCCAGUACUGAGGAAGGGAUCCAGUUCUACGUGUUUGAGAAUGUUUCUAAUGCACAGCAGUUCAAGCAGCUUUACAGAGCAAGGAUGAAUGCUCUGGACUUGGACAAGAACACCAAGGAAAGGAUCGUGGAAGAGGCCAACAGAGCCUUCAGAUUUAACAUGCAGGUGUUUGAUGAGCUGGACAAGAUCGGCAGGUCGCUGCCAGAAGAAGCCCAAGACGGAGGGUUUCCAGUGCACGACGGAAAAGGAGACAUCCGCAAAUGCCCCUACUACGCAGACAAACUGGGCGCGGCAGGGCCCGGCUGCCCUUUCCACGCCGCGGUGGGUCUGGCCAGGCAGCCCCUCGUGCAGCUGGUGCUGGCAGCCUGCGUGGCAGUGGCAGCAGGAGCUGCAGCCUGGUACAUCCUGUGACUGGCACGGCGUGGGGGCAAGGAGAGAGAUGUGCCCUGUCCGUUUUCAGACCCUUCCCUUGCUGGUGGUGAGUUGGCUGCAGAGUUGGAGUGAGGAAGUAAACAGGAAUCCUGCGGGACUGUCCAAGCCUCCUUGCACACCGCUGUAAUGGGAUGUCUUUAGCUGACCUAGUGCCCAGGACUGGUCGGUGUGAGGGGGUGAGGAUUCCACUGCAGCACUGCCCUGCCCUGCCCAGGCUGGGGCAGCUUUUAAGGCUAAAGAUGUCCUGUCCUGUCCUGGCAAAGGCUUCACGUGCUUGGCUUUUCAUCUCCAUCCCCAGAGCAGUGUCCGGAGGGGGUUUCCUGCCCUGGGCUGCAUCCCCAGAAUGUGUCAUCAGCCUCUUCAGCAAAGAGCACUUGCUUUCCCACCCUGAGAAGCUGCAGCUGUGCUGUGGGGCUGUUACCUCAAAGCAGUGUCCUGUUGGGUGUGCUGUCCCAAGGAUCUGACUCCUGUUGGAGGGAGCACCCUGGGGAUGGGGGCAGGACCGUGAGGGGGUAUGGAGGUGACAGAUAUGUAUUGUGCAACUUUGGGGUUGAGGGUUGGUUGUUGGUUAUUUUUCCUGAAGCCUUGACUGAAAUAAAAAGUUGCAAUGCUAUA